UACGGCGUAACGAGAGUCAGUCGGUUGCGGCGUGUGUUGCAUUAGACAGCGUGAUCCUGUAAAGCGCGCGCGCGGCAGAAGCGAGCUGUGCUAAUCGAGCACGGAAGCGGAGAGCGACGAGAGCGACGAGAGCGAGGAGAGCGCGAGCCCGACGGAGAGUUCGUGCGCGGGUGACCGGGGGGACGCGACGCACGUCUCCGAGAUCUAAUCGCCACGGCGUCGGUGAUGCCUUUGUCCGCGGCACGAUACGGCGGCAUGAAAUAACGACGGGCCGGAAAGAAUCAACGAGGCGGCAGGCAGCGGCGACGUCCUGAUUCGAAGCGUCCGUGCUCAGUCCUCAGUGUAGGCUAGUCGGUCGCUCGGUGGUCGUUGUCUCGGCGGUUGAUCCAUCCUUCCAUCCAUCCAUCCAUCCAGCCAUCCAGCAUCCGGAGAGAGACGCGGUCGGCGUGACGCACCAACGCACAGUGGAGAAUACGGUUUUCGAGACGACACGCGCGCUGAAAAAGGGACAAAAGAGAUUGAAACCUUGACUAACUCUGACCGCUCUUCCACUUGUCGUCGCAGAUCGUAAUCUGGCCUUCGAUUCCACGCGUUGUCGAUCACAUCGCGGCGAUAACAUCAGUCUUCCUCGAGGGCCCGAAGAGCGAGAGCGAGGAGGUUAUCUCCCGGUAGGGACUCGGAGAAUAGGUCUCCAACACCUCAGUCGGUCCGACGUCGUCCACGCGCGCGUUUCCACGGCACGAAGGCUCUCGGCCGUCGACACUGACGACGUCGACACCCGCUUCCCAGGGCGCCAGUCCCCUGUUUCCCCGUCGAAAACCUCGCGAGGAACGCCGAGGAACCUUGACAGGCACCGCACGACAACAAACAUGGCCGCCGCGGCGUCGUACGCGUGCACUCGCAACUGCACGGACGCGGGAUACUACCUGCACACGUCCUGCGACACUCUCGGCGGCGUCGACGACGAGUGGCUACCUUGGCACGAGAUCGUAGGAUUCUUUUCUUACAAUCCAUGGAUAUUCUCCCUGCUGGGCAGCACCAUGGUCGGUCUCACGGGUAUCUUCCCCCUGUGGCUCAUCCCCAUUCAGGACGGCGUGGACUUGAAAACCGGCGAGAUCGGUGGUACUCUGAAGAUCCUUUUGAGCUUUGCGGUGGGCGCAUUGUUGGGCGACGUUUUUCUACAUCUUUUGCCGGAGGCAUUCGAGAGCGAAUUCCAGUCGAGAGCCAAUGACAAUGACGCGUCUACGCCCGCGGGCUUGUGGGUGUUGUCCGCCUUCCUGUUCUUCAUAAUCGUCGAAAAACUUAUCGCCGCCGUAAACGAGGAAGCUAUCAUUGUAGAACAACAAACUGACAAAAUUUCGAUCAAAGAUGUAAAUAGAGAAAAAGAGAUAGAUAAUAAUAAUUGCAUCAUGAUGACGAAUCCUGAGAAGAACAAUUUCCUAAAAAAAUGCAUGAAAAAUACGACCGAGGUACAAUUCCUGAAGAAACACUCCAAUAAGAUAGAAUUUGCGCAAAUUCCGAACGGUAUCAAAGAUCCGAAAGAUCGUAAAGAACGAAAGAAUGGUUUUAAAGAUGUUGACAUUAUGAAAUCGGCAUUAGCAAGUGAAUGUCCCAAUGACGAGUGUCCGCUGGUCGACGAGGCAAAGAGCUGCUUGAAGAAACUUGCGAAGACUAACGGCUUCACGGCGAUUUCACGCGUUGACUGUCCAUGCGUACGCUCAUCGAGCAAUAUUGUUAAUCGUUUAACCGCAUGGGCAAGAAAAUUCAUCUCCGACUUGUUCCGCACACGUUUCGAUCCCAAAGCCUUUCCCGGAUACUUGAAUCUUUUGAUGAACUUCCUCGAUAACUUUACUCACGGCUUAUCCGUGGGUGGAUCGUUCCUAAUUUCUUUCCGUGUAGGCGCUCUCAGCACGUUCACCAUUUUGAUGCAUGAAAUACCUCAUGAGGUUGGCGAUUUCGCUAUUCUAUUACGAAGCGGGUUUAGCAGAUGGGAUGCUGCGCGGGCGCAGUUAAUCACAGCUAGCGGUGGAAUCGUUGGUGCUUUGGCUGCCGUUUCUUUUACCGGCGGAUUAGAGGAAAAAACCAAUUGGAUAUUACCAUUGACCGCAGGAGGAUUCAUACAUAUUGGUUUAGUAACCAUCCUGCCCGAUCUGUUGAAAGAAACGAAUACAAAAGAAUCUUUGAAACAACUUGGCGCUUUACUUUUAGGGGUCAUUAUCAUGGCUGCUUUGAUUUUUGUCUAGGUCAAAUAUAUUUCAUUUAUAGGUUGUUUCACAACCUCCGGUUAACUUAAUCGAUUGAUUUUUCUAUUGGAAAUUGGAAUUGACCAAUUGCAUUUGUCGUUAAGUAGAAUUGAAAUAAUCAAUCGCGAUUGACACCUACCGGUUAAGUUAACCGGAGGAUGCGAAACUUUCUGACUAUUAAAGAACCAGUUACGCAGAAUUCUAUUAUGUUAUUAUAUGUUAAUGUUAAUUAUGGUUACAUCUUGAUAUGUAUAAUGUUCUGAAGUUGCCAUAAAGUUAUAUAAUAUUUUUUCUUUCUAUAUUAUUUAUUGAAAGAACACGUGUCUUGCUUUAUUAUUUUGAGUUCAUGAAAAUUAUUUCUGUUAAAUCAUAAAAAAAUUAUUUGUCAUUGCUGUUCUUUUUUUUUCUCAAUAACCCAAUUGUCAUCUUGAGAUUAAGGAUGGACUAAAUAACUAUAAAAUAUUUUUUUACAUUAUUUCAAGAUGUUUAUUAAUAUCAUCAUUAUUAAAUUAUUUGUAAAUUUAAUUUAUAUUAUUCAUAAAUUAUUUCAAUUUCAAUUUCAGUUUAAGUGCUUUAAGACCGACAAAUAAUCGACGCGUAGUUUGCAUAGAAAUUCACGCAAAGAUAUUAGGAGCAUCAAGAACGUUGAUCGAAUAGGGCUCUUUUCGCUUGUUUGUGAUAAAAUAUUUUGUAUUACGAAUAUUUUUCAAUACUCAUAUAUUACUCUAAUUGUGAGAUUAUCGCAUUCUUUCAGUGAAUAACAUAAAAAAAUGAGAAAGAAGAGAUGAGAGAAAGACAGAGCGAGUGAACGAAAGCAAAAUAGGAGAG